AUGAAUCUCGUAUUCAUCCUGUGGUUGAUGACGCUUUCUGUGGCUCCUGGAGCCCAAGGACAGCGUCUGAAAGAGCCGAAUCCCAACCCAGACGGGGAGCAGCCGCAGCCUCAGCUGGCAGAGAGAGAUGCGCUGUGCACCCAGGAGGGAUGCUACGCUGUUUUCCUCCAAAAGAGAGUCUUCAGGGAGGCUGGGCGGAGUUGCCGAGAGCGAGGUGGGACCCUGGCGACGAUGCACACCCAGGAAGCAGCGAGCGUGGUCCACGGUCUUCUGUCGGCCAUCGAGGGUCAAGGGUCCAGGCUGCGGCUUCGCCUCUGGAUCGGGCUGCACAGACCCCCGCGUCAGUGCUCAUCCAACCGGCCACUCCGAGGAUUCGUCUGGGUUACAGGAGACCAGGAUGGCCAGUUCACCAACUGGCUCCGUGAGGACACCCCUGGGACCUGUGCCGCCCCUCGCUGUGUGGCCAUGACGGUCCACACCACUGAGAGUGGACGGGAGAGCAAAGACAACUUCCGGUGGGUGGACGGCUCCUGCGCGUUGCCUCUGGACGGGUACGUGUGCCAGUACAGCUACAGGGGGAUGUGCCCGCCGCUGGAGGACGAGGGCAGAGGUCCGGCGGUCUACCAGACGCCCUUCCAUCUGGUCAGCGCCCUGCUGACCCACGUGCCCUACGGCUCCGUGGCCACCGUGCCGUGCCCGGCGGACGGCUCCGACCCGGACGCCCCCCGCGAGCAGACGGUGCUGUGCAUGCAGCGGGACGACGCCGGCGUGGGCUGGUCCAGGGACCCCCCCCUCUGCCCGGCGGCGGCGGCGCAGGACUGGUGCGGCGGCGACCACGGCUGCGAGCAGCACUGCCACAACACCGACACCGACUACUACUGCUACUGCUCCGAGGGCUUCGUCAUAAACGAGGACGGCUACACCUGCAGGCCGGACGCUCUGGGCCCUACGGACCCGCCGCCGGCGCCGCCGCCCUCGGACCCCGAGGGCCCCACGGAGCGGCCCCAGCUCAAGCGGGCGUGCGCGGACAUGGGGUGCGAGUACGACUGCGCGGAGACGCCCCGGGGGCUCCGCUGCACCUGCCCCCCGGGCUACCAGAUGGCCCCGGACGGGCGGAGGUGCUCGGACGUGGACGAGUGCCGGCAGGACCCCUGUCCCCAGCUCUGCAUCAACAUCCCGGGCACCUUCCACUGCGUCUGCCACCAGGGCUACCAGCUGGACGACGAGGGCGAGUGCGUGGACGUGGACGAGUGCCUGGACGAGGGCAGCUGCGAGGGCUCCUGCCGGAACACGGUGGGCUCCUUCCAGUGCGUGUGCGAGCCGGGAUACGAGGCGGACGGCGCCGGCGAGUGCGCGGACGUGGACGAGUGCGCCAUGGGCUCGCCCUGCCAGCACCGGUGCCUCAACUUCAACGGGGGCUACCAGUGCGGCUGCCACCGCGGCUUCGACCUGCAGCCGGACGGACUGACCUGCAAGCCCUGGAGUGAGGAUGGAGAAUAUUCCACGCUGACCCCUGACCCCAGUGACUCCGCUGAGCACAACGUUCCGUGGUCCGGCUCGCUGACUCCCGACUCCAUCUUCGAAGUCGACAGCAACUUCGACGUCAAAUGGGAGACCGAGGCCCCAGAGGGGCUCCCGCCCGAUGUGACUCAAGGGUCAGAUAAUCAUUUAAACCAGGGGGAUGAGAUAUUCCCCAGGAGAUACCAGACAUCCCCCUCGCCGACUCAAAAGGAUACUGCUGGAAACGAAAUCGACAACGGCGCGAAGGCAGGAGCCAGAGAACCCGGUGGUGGGGUGGUAGCUGAAAAUGCAAAUGACUCACCGAGCGGAACGGGGGAGGCAGACCUGGACAGUGCAAAGGACGCCAACAGCACGACAGAGGACGGGUCCGCUUCAGGGAAACGGAAGCAGGAUAAGAGCUGGCUGCUUGUGGCGCUACUGGUGCCCCUGUGCGUGUUCCUGGUGGUGAUGCUGGCUCUGGGGAUCGUCUACUGCACCAGCUGCGCUGUGGACAAGAGCCUGAGCUUUUCAGACUGCCAUCGCUGGGUACUUCCUGCAACUCCUCCUGACAGGAGGGAAAACAAAAACCAAGCAUGA